AUGCCAUCUGCCAAAUUCUUGAUGGACCACCAAAAAUAUAAGAAAAGUGGUUGGCUCUACAAACAAGGUGGUUCCUAUCGUUCCGUUAAAAAACGUUUUUGUAUUUUAUUAGCCAAUGAAUUGUUUUAUUUUUCUAAAGAAGAUGAUGAAGAACACAAAGGAAGUAUUGUACUGAGAGGUCCCGUCAAUCGGAGUUCGAUUGUAGUCGAAGUGAAAAAUUUAACUCUCAAAAAUUGUAUUGAAAUUCCAAGUGACAAGAGAACUUAUUUAAUAUGGGCCGAUUCGGAAUAUCUAGCUGGAGAAUGGGCAGAAGCUCUCAAUAAUGCCUAUAGAGAAUUUUCAUCAGUAAGUAGUGGUGGUAAUACAGCCACUACUACUACUGCUGCGGCUGCUUCUUCUCCUCUCAAUGCCAAUUCGUAUCAUUCACGUACAAAUGUUGGAAGUGAUGAAGAUCAUCUUGAUGAUGAAUCUGGGAGUGGAAUGGAAGGAAAUACGUCUGAAUCAUUCUCGUUGGGAUUUGAAAGAAAACCAUUAAGCAAUAAGCAAUUAAUUGAAUCAACCAUUGAUCAAAAAGACAAAUUUGAAAACACAAAUUAUGUGUUUGAGAAUAAUUGUUGUAUUCAUUCGUCCAUCAGUUGCAAUGUGUAUACAGUCGAAGCAUUACAAAAUGCAUCAAGUACGAAUAAUACAAUCAAUGCAGUCUCUAAAUAUUUAGUCACACGAAAGAGGCAAUAUGGAAAUAAGAUGACUUUGGACAAUGCUAUGAAUACGGCAAAAGCAGGUGAUACUCUCAUCUUAAAAUCUGGAAAACAUUACAUUCCAUCCACCUUACUCAUGGAUCGAUCACUGAAUUUAAUUGGUGAAUCGGAUGAAAACAACAAGUGUGAAAUCAUUUUGUUACAGGAUGGAACCAAUGAAAGACAGGGACCACAACCAACCAUUUGUUUCAACGCUCCAUUUUCUUAUUGCAGGAAUAUUACUUUCAUUCAUUAUCGAAACGAUACGAUUAACAGUAAGAUUACUCUCGAUCAAUCAAAUACUUCCACCAGUGCUACUUCUCAAGCGAGUAUUGCCAAAGGAAGAGUGGAAGCUCAUGAAUCUGUCAUGUCAUCCAAUUGCUGUCAAUUUCUCUCGGGACAAACUAUUUUAGUGAACUGCACGUUCGAAGUUGUUCUCGAUAAUCAAAACGACACAAAUGACAGUAAUUCACUUUUUGAUUGCUGUUGGGUGACUGGAACAAAGACAUGUGUCUAUUUUAGAAAAUGUACUUUCCUUGGUGGACGAAACGGUCUUGUCUCUUCCAUUAAUUCCUCUUCAACAGUCGAUCAUGAAUGUAUUUUCAAAGAUCAAAAGAAUCAUUCUAUUAUUUUAACUCAACAAGCCAAGAUACAAGUCAAAGGAAAUUCAACCAUUUACGGAAAUAUCUGUGCCAUGCAUCAAUCAAGUAUUGAAAUUUUUGCCACCACCCUCUACUCGUCCAACAUUAGUGCUUUAGAUGAAUCUUGCCUUAAUUUACACCACAAUGUUUUCCAUUUACCAUCGAUCAAAUUAAUCUCAUUUAAUCAAUCUCUGAUACCACAACAACAAGCACUCAAAAACAAACUUGUUCACAAUUUCUUCAAGACAGUUCAAGCGGAUGAUCAACAACAAACUUUUUCGUCACCACCACUUUGUAAAAUAUCAAUCAUGGGUCAAUCAUGUCCAAUAAUAGAUGACAAUCAAGUUGAAACAAACAAGAGUGAGUUGUCACUCAUUUAUCUAUUCCAAACAAAGCAAAAUAUGAAAAACAUGCUGAUUAAGGCUCCACCUUCAAAUACAACUAUUCUGGUAGCCUCUGACUUCCUAAAUUGA